AACCAGUAAUAAUAUUUAAAACACCUGGAGGAAGUCCAGCCUGUUAAAAUUCAAGAGUUAUACAUUCUCCCUCUUUUUAGUGUCUUUAAGUAAUUUAUAAGUAUUAAAUUAUUUUAAAGCAAUUCCUACAGGAGAAUAUGAAGCGAAAACGCAAGAAUUCAGCACAAGCAAUGUUAGAAAGCUUACGAGGACGGCAAGCUGACAACAAUAGCACAACUUCCCAAGAUUUGCAGCAACAGAUUAGUGGGUAUUAACUAGACGACCAACUUGAUAAUGAGAACCUAACAACUCAUACAUUCAGUAAUAACAACUUGAAUUCUUCUUCAAGCUCCAAUGAAGCUAACUCAAAAAAGAAAGAGGAGCCCUUACUUGUCGAGAUUAGAGAUACUUUGACUGGAGAAGUUACAACUCAAAAGAUGCAAGCAGAUCGAGUUUGGAACUUGGAAAAAAAUAAAAAAAUUGUGGUGGAACUCAACGCGGAUGGACAAGGAAGUGAUAAUGGUUCAAACUUGCUUGUGAGAUUUCUUGGCAAACUUUCUCAAAAGUCAAUAAUUUGUCCCAUAUCAGUUGAGAGAUGGGAUAGGAUGCCUGAGGCAAAAAAUCGCCUACAAUGGCAGUUAAUUGAGGAGAAUUUCGAGUUUGAUUAUGCUGUUGGAAUCAAAUGGGUGAUGCGUACUUUAGGCGAUAGAUGGAAGGCCUAUAAAUAUACGUUAAGAAAUAAAACCUUCUACCCUAGCAAAAGUAAGGAACAGAUUCUUGCUAAUCCUCCCGAAACUGUGGUUUCUAGUGAUUGGACUGCUUUUGUGCAUCACUAUAAAGAGGAGAAGAUGAAGACACAAAGUGAACAAAAUGCAAGAAAUCGAAGUAAACUUAAAGUCCCCCAUGUCGGUGGUAGCAAAAGCAAUGCAAGGAGAGGUCGUCAAAUGGAGAAAAAGUAUGGAAGGCCUGUGUGUCGAAGUGAGGUUGUUUUGUCAACUUUACUGAAAAAGAAUGGCAAUUAUGUGAAUGAAGAAGGGAAUAUUAUAGCUGUAAGUUCCAAACACUUUUCCAUUUUCAAACUUCAAUUACAAUGUUGAUUUCCUAGUGAUAAUUUUCUCAGUAAUGUGAGUGAAUCUUUUUAGAUGUUGAGUAAUUUUUGAUU